AUGGCCACCGUCUCUUUGUUACCUCAGUAUAAAGUUAAAUCUACGGAUCCACUUAGUGAGAAAACAUUAAAUCUCAAUAGUCCUGAGGCAAGAGCUCUUAAUAUUUUUAACCAGAAAUUGCCUAUUUCUCGAAGAAAUAAUGGAAAUAAUACUCCAUUUAUACCAAAUUAUAAUAUAGCUGAAGUAACAAGUCCUGGAUUUAGUUAUAGAAUAGCUCAAAGAGCUCGAGAAAUGAGAUCUACAACGCCAACUUCUGAUAUUUCAAAUUUAUCAGUAUCGUAUGCUUCAGAAUACAAUUCUAGUAACAGUAAUUCUUCUCCACAUGAGUUUCAAAAUUUAGGUAGAGAAAAUCCUAAUGAUAAAAAGCGUAAAUUAAUGAAAACAUUAGAAAUUUUUGGUGUAAGAAACAAAACUAGCCAAGAGUUUGAUUUUGAUAAUUUUGUAAAUUGCCGUACAAAAACUAUUGAGUCAAUUGACCGAAUUAUUCCAUUGAAUGGUAUAGAUAAAACAAAUAGAGAAAUGUCACAUUCACCACAUACGACACCAAAGAAUAAUCAUGUUAUUUUUGAUAAAAAACAAAAUAAGAGACAGAGUGAUACUGAUGUUAAUAGUCAUCAUUCAUAUAAAAAACCUAAAACUCGCAAUAAUGAAAUUUUGAGUUCUUAUAGUUCAAGUAAAUUUCUUCAGCCAUCAAGACAAAAAAUAACACAUCCUAUUGGUUAG